AUGUUAACCGUUAAACCGGCCUCCCGUGAGCGGCUAACCUUGACAAGGACGCACGGGUGCGGUCACCGGUUUCCAUACCGUAUAACGCGCGCGGUGACCACGAAAUUUGGCCCUCUCUGGACCGAUCCUAAACAAUUAUAUCGCUUGACCGCAUCCUUCCACAUCUACGUUACCAAGCAGCAUCCGCUCUCCUCACAAAAGCGGCGUUGGCGAGCAUGGGGGGGUCUGUUGUCGCACCAUAGGACACCGGGGUUCGUCCUACAUAAAAUUCCGUCGCACCCCCGCCCCCUCUUCCCCGAGACACCAUCCUGCUGCCCGGGCUCCCCUUGGAGCCUGGCCAUUUGUCGCCGACGUUCGGCGGAAUUAAAAGCUGCAAAACUGCACAAUGCGCUCCGUUUUUUGUUCGAGAGCGAACGCUGCAGUAGCGUUCGGUUAAUCGAGAACGCUCGCGCCAUUGUGCCAAUUUCAACGGAGGGCCACCGUAAACACUCCCAAAUGAGAGACGCUAUUGAUAUUAUGGAGACGUGGCGCGAU